AUGGAGAUUAGUAUCAGCGCCGCGGCGGCGGCGCCGGCGCCGGCGGAGUCUCGUCUCCUCCUCGGAGCUGAACCAGCCCUUGGGUCCGAUGAGCCGGGUGCGGGUGCUGGGGAGGCGGAGGCAAGGCCGGCGGCGAGGACGAGAGCGGCGGCUGCAUCGGCGCCGCGCCGCUUGUCCCGCCGCACGUGCGGGUGGCUGCCGCUCCCCUUCUCCCGCCGCAACAAGGGCGAUGCCGAGCUCGUCCCUCCUGUCUGUCGGGUGCUGGAUGCCAAACAUCUCAAGAGGCUUCGGGAGGAGAGGCGCAGAGCUACGGAGCCGGGGCACUUCAAGCGCUUAGCCAUCCAGCGCCAGCUUGUUACGGAAUGCCUGCAGCACUACAACUACAUGCAUCCGAAUGACGAGUAUGAACCUGCUCCUGGUGAGGUGACCAAAUAUAUCAGGUGGCAUUAUGGCACUCGCUGGACUCAUGGCAACUUCGUAGCACGUCGCAAGCGCUCUGGCUGCUUCUCCUUUCUACCUGCUCCUCGAACACUCUUCUUUUUUGAGCUCAUGCAUAGCCCUGAUUUCACAGGAGUCGUGACAUGCACCCCAUUAGAUGAACCAGUUACUGAAGGCUAUAGUAUCCUGGGUUUUCCUAUUUGGUGGGGUACUCGUCGUAAUGGCAGCUCGGAUAUCAUUUGCAAGAUCUGCUAUCGUCACUUUAAAUUUCCGCAUCCUUUGAUGAGUGAAACAAUUGCAUGUGGGCACAAGAAUGUGGAGAGAGUUUGCGAGAUGUGUGAUCGUCGCUCCUGCGUGCUACAUCCAUUCCCGAACCAGGAGAAUGUGCAUAUGCCUAUUGCAGAUACCUUCAUCGCAACUAGUACUGAGCACGGAGGACCGCAACCAUUGUGGAUAGAAAGCAUACCUGAUUUUUGAGGGCAGAAAGCAGACUUGUUACUUUGGUGCUUUAGCUAGUCAUUUGUAUGUCGCUUGUUGGCUUAUUGUACAUAGAACAUGACGAUUACUUUCUACCAGACUAGCAAUAGUUGGAAUUUGCCUCCAAACCACGCUUCUAUAUGGGGAAACUGGAAGAUCCUUAAUGUAAAUGUGUCUGCUGGAGUCAUAUAGUAGUUUCAGCAUAAAAAGAUGUUGCUUUUUCCCCCUUGCAUUUUCAUUCUGUGAAGAAAAUUAACUGUGCUAAUUUGAACUUUA